AUGGUAAACUACACCACAGCUGAAUCGCCUUUUUCGCCUAAUGCCGUAGUGGGCGUAUUACAGCAUGAGUCAGAUAAGAGUAGCUCGCCUAUUAAAGAUGAUGCAAGAAAUGACUACGAAAAUGGUAUUAAUAUUCGUUAA